GGCCAGGUGUUUCAGUUAAACAAAAACACUACAACGAGUCGAGCAUGCGAAAGUAAAUUUUAUUUGUAAAAGCAUACAAAUUCCAUUCACUUAUCAUAAUAUAUUAUGACUGAACCAAACAUACAAGAUGUAGGCGAAAACAAUAUUAUGGAAACUGACUCCAUAAACAUUGGUGCUUCGCACGAGAGAGCAAUGGAGCUCGGAGAUCAUCGGGUAAAUACCACUGAAAUUGAAAACCGGCAAUUAACUCCAACGAUCGAAGAAAAUGAAUUAUGUGAUUUGGAUACUGAACCAAUUCUUUUGGACGAGGAAGCUUCAUUAGUAAAAAAUAUGGAAGAAUGUAUGCAGGAAGCAACGCAGGAACAAAGCAUUCAAAAUGCCGGUGAAAACUGUAGAAACUCGUACGAACAGAGCUACUUCCAACAAGGUCAAAUCCAGGAAAUAGGUCGCUGUUCAUGGGACAAGGCUACCAAGCAUAAUUACGUUCGAGGAUGUUUAUGGUCUCCAGAUGGUACUUGCGUUCUAACGGCCGUUCACAAUGAUGGGAUGCAGGUUUUUGAACUUCCCCAAGAUAUUUAUGGAGCGCAAGAAGUUUCAUCAGCGAGAUCGGUCAAUUUAAUGGAACCAGCCGUACAUGUUCCACAAACAACCUUGGUCUACGACUACAAAUGGUAUCCUGGAAUGGAUAGCUCUGUUCCUGGAACUAGUGUAUGGAUUGCUAGCAGACAACACGAGCCUAUUCAAUUGUGGGACGCUUACACGGGCGAAUUGAGGUGCUCCUACAAGGGUUACAAUAAUGUAGAUGAAGUCGAAUCAGCUCUCAGUUUGACCUGGUCCAUCGACGGUGAACACAUCUAUGGUGGAUACAAGAAAAGCAUAAAAAAGUUCGACGUUAAAACUCCUGGCAGAGAAAUCUGUACCUAUCCUACUAAAGUAACCGCGUCUUGUAUGACCAUAUGUACCCCCUUUCCAAAUAUGGUCCUUUUUGGAAGUUGGAGCCGGACAAUAACGGCAUUAAUCACAGAUUCUAAGGAAACUAUCCAAGUGGGAAACUCUUCGCGAGGUCAAGGCCACGGUGCUGGGAUCACGUGGUUGAAAUUUAUACCCCGUACAAAUCUUUUUGUGUCUGGCGGAAGAAAGGAUUCUAAGUUAAUAAUUUGGGACAUCCGGGAUUUAACAAAACCAUAUCACGUGUUGCAGCGAACAUGCGAUACGAACCAACGGAUUUAUUUCGACAGCUCUCCCUACGGUGAAUGGAUUAUCUCUGGUAACACUGAUGGAAUAGUUCGGGCUUGGAAUUUGCUCGACAUAGACGAGGAUAGAAAAUCUUAUCGACAACACGCCUUUCCCCUCCAUCGGGAUUGUUGUAACGGAGUUUCAUUUCACCCAUCAAAACCGGUGAUAGCGACAACAAGUGGUCAAUUUCAUGCCGAGAAAAUUAACGAUGAUGAUGAGCUCGAGAUUUCGUUCAUAAAUGAGCAGGAAAAUUCGCUCACCCUCUGGUGGAUUGGCAAGUCUACUAAUGGGCUUUCGGAGGAAUAAAGUCAUCGCUCGGUUUCGGAUUUCUGAUUCGAUUAGAUUAAAAUCUUUCUCUUCUUUAUUGCUAACAUCAGAAGGAUUAAAUAUAUUUAUAGUAUGUACAAAAAAUAACAAUAAAAUUAAUAAAGAUUAUUACUUUACGCGUAACGAUGCUUAAAGAUUUUCCUUCUCGCGAUGCGAUGCGGAUUGUUUGCUUGCUUGACGAUCGAAAUAGUUUUACU